ACUGGACUGGAGAAGAGCGGCUUCAGCGUCUUCGACUGGAUGUACCUUGACAUCGACGUUCGUGCGCUGGGCUUGAAGGACGCAGAACACGACGUUCAGAGUUCCCCGGCGCUCAACUACAGAGUUCUCCAGCACCUGUCGGUCGGCCAGGAAGGCAUGUGGCACGCGCUGGUCAUGAUGCUCGCUCUCAUUUCCACGCUGCUCGAGUACAAGCCGGAGGGCAUGAAGAUCAUCCUCUCGCUGUUCUGUGACGAG